AUGUCAAGUGAGAAGUAUCCUUCGGUCUCAGUUCUUCAAGGCUUGUCCACGGAACAUGUCAAGAAUUCAUCCACGGAUAUUCAGUUGAUUCCCUCGCCAAGACCAGAUUUGUUGAGAUCAGCGAACCACGGUGAUUUCCGUGAUGACCUGACCAAAGACGGAUUUGCCGUGAUCAAGGGGGUUAUUCCCCCGGAGCGCGUCACGCAGUAUCGUGAAAAGGCCAAAGAAUGGCUCCUUUCAUUUGGCACUGAGCUUGAUUUCGAGGACAACAAUACCUGGAUUGAGAAAAACUUGCCAGUUCAGAAUAAAAUCCGCACCUUUGCUGGGUACUGUGUUUCCCAUGAAAAGUUUAUGUGGGAUGCUCGAACGGAACCUGCCGUCCUAGAAACGUUCGCUACUCUCUGGGGGACAGAUGAACUUUUGGCGAGCUUUGACAGCCUAAACAUCACGUUCCCAAAUCGACCCGACGCACCAACACGGAAACCUUGGGAACACGUGGAUCAAUCGCCUCUUCGACGGGGACUACAUUGUAUACAAGGUAUCAUAUGCUUGUCGUCAUCCGGUCCCGAAGAUGGUGGUCUUGUCGUAUGGCCCGGCUCCCAUGCGCAUAACGAAGAAUUUUUCAAUUCCCGUCCAAACAAGGACUCUUGGCUGCCGCUCAAAGACAUCUACUUCUUUCCACCCGAGCAACUGAACUGGUUUAGAGUCCGAGGUAUGGGGCCACACAAGGUCUGCGCGGAGCCUGGGGACCUCAUUCUAUGGGACAGUCGCACAAUCCACUAUGGAUCUGAUCCCACACCAAAGAGUAAUCAGAUUCGAACGGCCAUAUAUGCAGCAUACACACCGGCUUCCAUGGCAAGCCCCGAACAACUGGCUCUCAAAAAGCAGGUCUUCGAGCGUUGGGGAGGAACCACUCAUUGGCCCCAUGAUCACGUAGUGGUGCGCAAUACUCAUGUGAUGCUUGAGGAUGGGACAAGGGAUCCAAGAGAUAGAGAUCAACCGUUAGAGCUUCCACAGUUGAAUGAUAAACUGCUGAAGCUUGUGGGGGCUAAGCCUUAUUAG